GGAGUUAAUCACAAUAGCAUUAUGGCCGAAGGCGAAGAGUUUCGCAUUCCAACAGUGACAGCUGAGGAGAUAGAUUUAACCACUGUCAGAGCUGUUGUGAUCAUCCCUGACCUUGAAGUGACCUCCAAGAUGUUUAGUGCUGCUAAACCUAAAAAGAAUGCUACUGUCGUGCCUAAAUUUGAAAACAAUUCUUUUGAAGUGACAGCUGUAGUGAAAAAGAAGGAAAAGGAAAAUAAAUUUAGAUAUACUGUGAAGAAACUUCCUGGAGAUAUUGUGCCAGAAAAAUGUAAAACUGAGUACAAGAAAGAGCAAGUGAUUUUGUUGCUUCAUAAAGCAGAAGAGUCUUCAUGGGCAGUGCAGUUAUCAAAACGAGGACUUGAACAAGCAGAAGAUUGAAAACUUUGUCUCAGACUUAUUUCCUUUUGAUGACAAAAAGAUGGAAUUUAAAUUCUUUCUCUUAAAGUCCUGAUGGAAUUCAGAUAACUUCUCUUUUGUAAUUUGAUUUACUUCCCUUUAAAUAAGAUUUCUGUUGUAGUUCUUUGGGUUAUAGCUCAUGAUAAUACAAGUGAUAGUUUAUCAUUAUUUUAUCUUAAAUUUAAGGCAAUAUCUAUAAUUAAUUCAGAAACUAAUGGCAUACUUUUUUAUCACAGUUUUUUUUUUUAUGAUUUUUUAAUCUUUCAAAUGUUUUUAAUCAUGUUUUUCUUCUAUUUUUUAUAAGUUAAAAAAUAUGAUUUAAUGAUAUUAUUUGAUAUUUUUUCACAUGAAAAUGUGAUAUGAUCAUCUUAAAAAAAUAAUUUUGAUUUGUUAACAUCUUAUAAACCUAUGGGUAAAAAUAAAGGUUUAGUAAACACUAAAUGUGCAAUAUUUUAAAACUUAUGUAUUUAUCAUACUCCAGUAUUAUUGUAACAGAAUAUGCAACAAUUUUCUUUGGAAAUUUUUAAAUUGUUUAGAUAUAUAACAAUUUUUCUGACAUUAGUUUUAAAAUUUUUGGGGUAUUUUGCUGAAUUGUCUCUGAAUGACCCUUGAUCUGUCUCCAAAUUACCUUCUGACAUCAGGCAACAAUCACUUUUUAACUGACGUAAAAUGUUUUAAAUUGUGAUGCAAUAUUUUUCAGAAACUUCUGUUGUUUGAAGUAAUGGUGGACAAAUUUGCAUACAAGUGUAAAUAGGUCAGAAGAAGGGAAUCAUUCUUAAUGGAAAGGAAAAAAUUUGCACAUAUUUCUUUUAUUACAUUGGUUGCAGUAUUAUAUUAGAAAUGAUGGAGGUAACAUUUUGGGUAGCCCUGUUGAAUUAUGAGGGGGAAUCAAAAUUUAGAAAAGUGCAUUUUGACUCCCAAAACAUACACACCUUCUGCUUUCUCUGUUGAAUAUCAGCUGGUCUGAAUUUUUAGGAUUUUUUUUGUGUGGUUAAAAUAUAUUCAAGUUUUAUGCAUUUAUUAAUCUUAAGAGAACUCUCUUUUCCACUUUGCCAAAUUUUUUACAUUUAUAUUGAAAAAACAUUUCUUCCAACAUAAUAAUCUUUUAUAUGCUACGGUUACUGUAGUAAUAAUUAUGAAAUGUACAUUUUUACGUGAAAAAUAAUGUUUUAUAAUCAAGAAGUAGUCCAUGAUUAUUUUUUUUAUUGUCAUAUUCAUUUUGUUUGUUAUUGAAUUUACUGAGGAUUGUGCAUGCUUAUUUAGAUAAAUAUUAAAUCAAGCAACAUAUAAUUUAAAAAUGAGUCUUGGUUCAUUGCAGAUUGUGUUGUCCUUGUGAUCAAUUUUAUUCUCAUGUUCAAUAUAUUUUUGGGGCAAUUAAUUAAUAAUAUUUAAUUACUUGUCUAUUACCUGAACAACACUGAAAAUCUAAGACAAUUUCAGGAAACCUCAUGAUGUGCAAGCUAAGAGAUAGGGUAAUACCCUAUGAAUUUAUUUCACACGAGCCAUUUUGAAGAAAUCUUCCAAUCUUUACUAAAAUUUACAUUAUGAAAGCUACACAUGUACUUUAGAUAGAACAACUUUAUGUUGUAUUCCAGAACAUGUAACAAAAUUAUAGUUAUACCUAAAAGGCUUAAAGAUGACGAAACAAACAUGUUUGAACGAUUUUUCACUUUUGGAGUAUAUAUGAAUAAAAUGGAUAAGAAGACAAUCUUAACCAAAACAAAAAUUCC